AUGCGCGUCGCGUCUAUCUUAUACUCCCGAUACCCGCCGCCCUUGGUGGCCGUUCCGUCCCCCAAGUCCCGUGCCGGCACCAGCUGCCACCCCCCGAGACUCGGGCCGUUGCCUCAGCCCUUCCGUCGCGAUCUCCUGGUCUUCUUAAGUCUCCUGUCCUCUCCGAUCUCACCGUUCUCCUUGGCACACCGCCGAGCCCAACGUUAUGCCCACGUCCAACGUCUUGUCCGCGCUUCCGCCCGACACCUCCCUUGGUUCGGGCGGCUCCUCUCAGCGCCUUGUGUCAGCCUCCAGCCCAACGACACCACAGGGUCCAAACGUUCUCGUCCUCCGGCAACGUCCUCGCUUCCCCGCAACUUCCUCGCUUCCCCGCAACGUCCUCGCCUCCCCUAG